GGGUCACCUUCAGGGACCCAUAAGGUGAGUGUCUUUUGUAUGAGGUAUGAGGUUCCUUCAACAUGUUCAUAUUAGCAGCUGCAGUGAGUACGGUGAGGGGUAUCAGAGGACAAGAAAGGCCAGCGGUACAUAAAACUUUAUAGUUGAAGUACAAGUUAUAAGCAAAAAUAAUAAAUAUGCAAUAUUAAAUGUCUUUAUUUCUGAAUCAGCAGAUUGAGUACAUUUGUCAAUUUUCCAGUAGCUCUGCCUUAUCAAUCUAAUGAAAAUGAUGGAUGACCUUAAAAUGCUAUAAGGGGCUUAUGUUCUGCACAAAAAUAACUACAUUUUAGGGGUGCUGUAAAUGAAAUAGAUUCUCCCCAGGUUCUCCUCCCUCCUAACUGAACUGCACAAUGUGUUGGCCUUUCCUUUCUUCAUUGAAGACCCAAUACUUAACUAUGAUGAACCAUGGAGAUGUUUAAUUAUUUCAUAACAGAUAUUACAAGUAGUUCUCAUUUUCAUCAGAAUGUUGCCUAGUUGUUAAAAAAAAUUAGUAAACAGAAACAGAAGUCUUCCUUUAAUAUUAUUCAUGUUUCACAGGACCGAAGCAUUCACGAAGUCAGGAAAGAUAAUUUUUGCAGUUGCCACUUGUAUAUUCAAGGGGUGGGGAGGCAGGGAGUGGGGAGGUGCAGAACAUUGUUUAAAAUGCAAGAAGGGCCAUUUCUUCCACCGUACUGUUCCUUCUCCUCCAAGAGUGAAUAACUUUCAAAUAUUGCUGCUACCUUUGUUCCUGAACUGAGAGACCUCAGGACCCCAUUCCUAAACCAACUCACCUGUCACAUUGAUAAGUUAACAUAUUCCUCCUAAACAUGGUUUACACCAUCUUCAUGUAAUUUUUUUCCUAAUUUUCCUGCAAUUAUUGUUUCCUCCUCCCUUCCUAUCUGUAUUUGAUUUCUCUCUCCUCUCCCACUGCAAACUACUAGUAUUAUUUCCAUUUUCCCUUUGUCACUGAGGGGUCCCCACUUCAGUGGAGAGCUCCUCCAUGCUUUAGACACUAAGAACAAGAGGAAAGCAAAUCGAAGUCAAUACUUGGGAGUGCUCUAGGCCAGGUAAGAAGUCUUACAUUGGGGGAUUGUAGAAGCCUGACUGCUUAUGCUGAGCCUUUGUUUACCCACAGCCAUGAUGGACUCCAAUAAGAUGACCAUCAACUUGGUCCUCUUUGGCAUGACUCAAAGUGGAAAAAGUUCUGCUGGGAACAUUCUUCUGGGAAGCACUGACUUCCACAGCAGCUUUGCUCCAUGUUCUGUGACCAAAGAUUGCAGUCUGGGCCGCAGCUGUCACUUCCACAGCUUCAUGCGUUGAGGGGGGCAAGAGGUAACCCUGCAGGUCCAGGUGCUGGACACUCCAGGUUAUCCGCACAGCAGGCUGAGCAAGGAGCAUGUGAAGCAGGAGGUCAGGGAGGCCCUGGCACAUCACUUCGGGCAAGAGGGUCUGCACCUUGCACUGCUGGUCCAGAGGGUAGAUGUGCCUCUAUGUGAACAGGAAGAAUCUUCCCCAGUCCAGAUGAUCCAGGAACUUCUGGGACAUGCUUGGAAGAAUUACACUGCCAUUCUUUUCACCCAUGCAGAAAAAAUAGAAGAGGCUGGGUUCAAUGAAGAUGGAUACUUACAUGAGGCUUCUGAUACACUGCUAACCCUACUAAAUUCUAUUCAGCACAGAUACAUUUUCCAGUAUAAAAAAGGAAACUCACUUAAUGAACAAAGACUAAAAAUCUUGGAAAGAAUAGUAGAAUUUAUAAAAGAAAACUGUUACCAAGUUCUUACCUUUAAAUGAGAUUUAGGUGAAAGGAAAAGGGCUUUGGGUUUUAGAGUCAGCAGCCUGGU